AUGUUGGCUUCAGCGGCUGUGGCCUUCUCACCCAUCAACGUGCACUCCAUCGAGCCUCUGAUCAACUCCAGUGAGUCGUUGCAAGUUCGAGAGAUUCUCAAGGUUGACCGAACCCGACUCUUGUGUGCCGUUGACGGCGCCGGAAACAAGCGAGCUUGUCUGACUGAGUUCAACAACAAGAACAUCGAUGUGUUGGCAGCUUCUCUCAACAAUGUUCUGCUUGGAAAACAACUCGAGGCCCGGUCCGAGGCUUCUUCGAGCUUCUCCGGAGCCGGAAGAAACAGCGACGAGGAAUUGGACUGUUCCUUCGAGCCUCGAGAUCUCAAAAAGCCCAUUCGAAUCGGCGCUCUUUUUGCCGUUCUGGCCACCUCGGCCCUUGGUGUUUUCCCUCCCGUUUUGGCCACCUCUGUGUUCAAAAUCAACCUCCAGUCGCUCCCCAUGACCUUCGUCAAGCAGUUUGGAACUGGAGUGGUUCUGAGUACCGCAUAUGUGCAUCUGGCAGCUGAGAGUCAGGAGGACUUCACCAACGAGUGUCUUGGAGACCUUAGCUACGAUCCCACUGCCAUGUCUCUUGCGUUGGCUGGUACUUUCAUUGCCUUUGUGCUUGAAUACGGCUCUGCCAGAUGGCUCCGAGCCCGUCAUGAGCGAAAGAAGCCCAACCACUCCAGUGAAUCGGACGAUUGCGACAAGGACCAGGUCAAGGGUGCCGUGGACGUAAUUGAAACCCAGAUCGACAUGUCUGGAGCCGCCAACAUGGGCUGUGCUGCUCACAACGCCACUCUGAUUGAUCCUAACGAUAAGAUCUCCGUCAUUAUCAUGGAGGGAGGCAUCAUUUUCCAUUCUGUUCUUGUCGGCGUUGCAGUCACAAUUGCCGACGAUGACGGCUUCAUUUCUCUGUUCAUCGCCAUUCUGUUCCACCAGGCGUUCGAAGGUAUCGGCCUUGGGUCUCGAAUCGCCGGACUUCGUGACUCGUCUCUGUUCUUCAAAAUGAGCAUGUGCACCUAUUUCACCAUCAUCACUCCCAUCGGCAUGGCUAUUGGUCUCGGUGUCAUGGACUCCAUGAACUCCAACGACCCUGCCACCAUUUGGGCCAUUGGAACCAUCUCGGCUCUGUCUGCUGGCGUGCUCAUUUGGGCUGGAGUUGUGGAGAUGUUGGCGUUCGACUGGCUGUUUGGAGAUCUUUCUUUUGCACCCAAAAAGCGAGUCUUUUUCGCAAUGUCGGGUCUGGUUGGAGGCAUGAUUUGUAUGUCCCUCAUCGGAAAGUGGGCCUAG